AUGGAUCCGCCGCCGCUGAGGCCGCCUCUGAUGGAGGAACUCGUCGAGGAGGUGCUCCUCCGCGUCUCGCCGGACGACCCCGCGACCCUCGUCCGCGCCGCGGUCGGCUGCAAGCGCUGGUGCCGCCUCAUCUCCGGCGCCACCUUCCGCCGCAGGUUCCGCGAGCUCCACCCCGCGGCCCCCAUGCUCGGCUUCCUCUACGCGCGCAGGUCCGGCACCGACUUCGUGCCGGCCUCCUCCUUCCGCCCGCCCCACGCCUUCCGGGAGGACUGGAACGCGAUCGACGCCCGCCACGGCCGCGUGCUGGUGGUCGCUUUGGAGUCGUUCUCGCCCACGGGGACGAGGUUCAUCGUGUGGGACCCCGUCACCGACGGCGCGCAGAGCCUGCCUAUUCUGGAAUUCCGGCCCUAUUCAUGGGGUGACGCGGUUCUCUGCGCAACGGCAGGCUGCGACCAUCUCGACCGCCGCGGGGGCCCCUUCCUCGUCGUCGUCGUUGUCACAGAUGUGUCACAGAUGCGCACGUCCGCCUACGAAUACUCAUCCGACCAAGGUACAUGGAGCGAACCGAUCACAGUGCAGCACCCCAACGACUGGAUCAUGAUUAGACUGCACGCCCAUGUGGGGAAUGCUCUGUACUUCAACUACGGGCUGAUGAUCCUCAAGUAUGAAUUGGGAAAGCGAGAACUGGCGUUCAUCGAUCUACCAUCAGAAUUCCAUGCACGGCACAUGGUCCUCAUGCAAGCGGAGGAUGGUGGGCUGGGAUUCGCCACCAUACAGGAGUCCAAGCUGUCUCUGUGGUCGAGGGAGGCUGGUGCGGACGGAUAUGCUGGAUGGGCACAACAGAGAGUCAUCGACCUUGAUAAGCUGCUACCAGUUUCGGAUUGUAACAUCUCAGUCUCACCUUAUGUGUAUGCUGCACGCCCACCUUACGUGGUUGCCGUCGCGGACAAUGUCGGUGUCAUUUUCAUAGGGAAGGAUGAUGGGCUAUUCACUGUUCAUCUAAACUCCGGCCGGGCUGAGAGGAUAGUAGUAGAGUCCAAUUCCAACUUCAAGGUUGUUCCCUACGUGUUAAAUAUGGACUCAUUUUUGCUACACAAUCUACUUUGCAGGCCAGGCCUCAGUGGACUGCAUAUUGGUUACCUUUUUGGUUGGCUAAAUGAGAGUACGUUGCGAUGCAGAAAUGUGUUUCUUGUUCCUUGA